UUUUUCUUCUUUUUAGAAAAACUGUUGUUAUUAGUUUUUUCCACCCGUCAUAAAUUAUGAAUUUUUUACAACUUUUAUAACAUCCCAAGAAACGAGCAACACGUAAACACACAACAGGUAUUCACUACAAACAAAAAAGGACAAUAAUAAAACAAUAGCAGAUGAAAGUGCUCAAAAAAGUGCCUCUAGUAAAACGUUUCCGGUCGCAGUGAUGCAAUAACUUAACAAAAACGAACGAAUGAGCAUGACGAGGUUUUUGGUUGAGAUGAAACGAAAGCGGCACAAAUGUUUGGUCUUUUGGAGUAAACACGAGGUAAAAUCUGUUGUUGGCAAAGUAUAAGCAUGUUUAUAUGGGUUUUUAUAGAUAUACCCGCGGACAGUUAUUACCAAUCGGAAAAUACUGGAUGGAUUUUAAAGAAUUUAGACCAUGUAACUCGAGCAAUAAUUAUUUAAUAAAUUUCAAUAUAUACACAAAAAAAUUAACAGAAGUUACAGAUCAAUUGCUUGGAAAUAUAACGUUGAAUAUUCCUUUUGACGAUUCUUUAGAAGCUAUUAUCAAAAUGGGACAGUACGAUUCAACAGGUCUGUGGAAAGACAAUGUACAUGUAAUGAUCACAAAAAACGUAUGUUCAGGAUUAAAAAAUAUACUAGGACCAAAAGUUUGGUUAAAAUUAAUAGAAUCAUUUCAUUUUACAAAUAACAAUUGUCCAUGGCAAAAGGGACAUUACGAGUCUUCCGGCUUUGAUACAGCUUUAUUUGGAGAAUCGAAUGCACCAAAACGUUUUUUUUACGGUAUUUAUACCACGCGAUAUCAAAUUAUGAAUAAGCAAAAUAAUAUCGUAAGCUGCACAUUAAUAAGACUUGGAAUAAUGCCUUAUCCCAAGAACAAAAAGGUAAUAUUUUAAAAUAUGAACACACUGAAAAAUAGAACUGUCAAUUUAUCAUAUUUUCUAUCAGUAUGAUUUUAUUAAUGCUAUUAUUAUAAUAUUUUAUUUUAUUAAUAUUAUAGUCAUAAAA